GAUAUCAACACAAGUUACGAAUCAUUCAACUUUCCUAUCAAGUUUGUUCCUAGAUCUGAACGCUGAAGAUGAAACUGGUACUUGUUUUUGCUCUCGUCCUGCUUACGGCGUCAACUGCUGCUGCUGUAGGCAUGUGUGAGUGGGAUGGCGUUAAGUUUCCGGUCGGGAGUAUCUACAGGUCAAAGAUAGACCCUUGCACGGUCUGCGAUUGUGACGAGUCGUUACAAGCGAAUUGCAUGGAUGAGUACUGUGAGGUGCCCGAGUGUGCUACCGGGUCCCAUGUCGUGUUCCCUAAGGACCAAUGCUGCGCCAUCUGCGUGAAGAACUGAUGACGAUGUAGACGAUGGAGAUAAUGAUGAAUGAGUAGUCAGUGACAGAUUACAAUAAAGAUUUAAAA